AUGUUUCACAUCCAAGGGACAUUCGAGCAGUCGUUACGCUGCGGUGACGAUUUGUCACCCAGUGGUAAUAAGACCUUGGCGGCUCUUGCAAAAAUUCAUAAACACUGCACGGGCAAGUCCCACGCCCAUGGUUGUGUGGAUUCCAAACAUAAUCCACUUGCCAAAUCCGACUCGAACAACAGCUUGCAAUCCAAAAAAUCCUACCGCAGCGAUUGCAUCAUAGAAAUUAAAGAAGCUGUUAAAAACGACAAUUGCUCAUCGAAAAACAACGGGAAUACGAAAACAUUCAGUAACAGCACCAGCUCUUAUGAUGGUCACAGCGACACUGAUUCAGAAAAAACUUUUAAGUUCCGAAAUGAAAACAAGCUGGCCGACCCCUGUGAGCGCUUGUUCUCCCAAAAUACAAAAGCAUCUCUCAUGAAAACAGCUCGCAUGCGAUAUGCUGAUGACAGUGUAACAUCUCCAACAAAUGAUGAAGUUGAUGGGGACAAGUGGAAAAGUAAUUUCACGAGAACGUCUUUACGUGGAAGCUAUAAGGAAAGGAAAUCAGCUGUUGUAACAAUUGAGGAUAUUAAAUCUGACGGAAUAAAGAACACCGAUGAUUUUGGUCAGUUGGAACAUGUCGAUGAGAAGAAAAAAGUACCAAAUCAUACAAAAAAUACUGUAACACGUGUAGGUUCUUCCAAUUCCAUUACCAAUGGAAAGAGCAGUUCGAACGGAACCAAACCUCCGUGGCGCGGCGCUAGCAAAAACGGAAUACCCAAUGAGGCUUUUGUCCGAACCCCAUCAUUACGAGGCAGUAUUAGAAAGAAAAAGAACGACGGUGUUCCUUGGCGUAAGCUGUACGAAUACUCUCUGUGGAGAAAGUGUGGCGUCAAUUUUGCCUCAAAUGGAGCUGAUUCGGAUCGUGCCCUCCUUAGACCCUGGAGCGAGUUUUCCUCUCAAUCGCCGCCACCAUACGAGGCAAAGUCCGAAGAGCAGCUUGCAUGCGAGAAAGAAUGGCUUCAAGCCGGUCAGAUGUGGCUGGCCCAUCGUGGAGGGUUUACAGCCGUCGUGAGAGAGGGAGACGCGGAUCCUGGCAGGGCUAAAGUCAGGGUACUACAGACAGGAGAGAUCAUCACAGUCGACGAAGAUGAUUUAGAGAAGGCUAAUCCCCCUCAAUUGGAGCGAUGCGAGGACAUUGCAUCGUUGCGUUGCCUGAACGAGUGCGGUGCGUUGCACGUGCUGCGUUCACGUUAUGCCGCUGCGUUGCCGCACGCUCGUGCCGGACACGCUUUACUUGUGCUUGGACCACCCCGUCGUUCCACACCCGUUUAUACAGAAAAGGUUGCCGCUAUGUUCCGCAGCUGCCGCACCGAUGAUAUGCCGCCGCAUGUUUUUGCGGCAGCUCAAUCAGCACACCGCGCUAUGUUGGCCGCCAGGAGAGAUAGGGCUAUUGUGUUCCUUGGAAGGUCCGGUUCAGGUAAGACCUCUGCUAUGCGUCACUGUGUUUGGUACCUGGCUACAGCUUACCCGGCGCAAGGCUCCAAGCUCACACCGGAGAGGCUUGAAGCUGCUCUGGAUGUACUGCAUAUAUUCGGCUCUAGUCGGAGUGCCUCAAAUCUCCACGCAUCACGUUUCGUUUCUCUAACGUCGCUGGACUUCGACGGUGCGGGUGCAUUAGUGUCAGCUUCUGUACAAGCUCUCUUGCCGGAUCUCAGACCUGAUCAAUCCCCACUCAGGGCCUUACACACAUUGUUCCACGGCUGUGAUGCUCGUCUUCGUCGCGAGCUUCUCCUGGAUCAAGCUCCAGUGAAUGCUCCCAAUCCAUACAUCAACUCCUCGGAUAAAACAGACGCUCCGACAGAAUUCGUUGCUUUGAAGGAGGCGUUGCAACUUUUGUCAGUGACCGAGCAAGAGCAAUUGGCAGUGUGGAAGAUUGUAGCUGCUAUAUGUCACUUGGGAUGGGCCGGAGUUGCUAGAGCUAACGCUGGUUCCGGUGUGAGGUAUCAGUUCGCUAGUACAGGUUGUGCGGGUCGAGCUGGUCGUCUACUUGGUGUUACAGCUGAGGAACUCGCCAAGGCUUGCUUCGCCCCCGCAAGCCCGCCCUCGCCGCAGCCACCUACUGGAUUGAGAACUCCAUCGCCUUCGAAUGAGAAGGAAGCGCCAGGAUCGGACGCUCUCGAUGCAUUCGCCACGGGACUGUAUAGCGAAGUAUUCAACGUUAUCGUAGGAUUCGUCAACAGGAGUACGUCAACUUCAAGCCGCACUUCCAGCUCUUUGCUACUCCUGGAUUCUCCAGGUGCUGAUAACCCAAUGUGUUCCGGGCAACAGAGUGGCGCCGGGUUGACCAAGCUACUGUCCAAUUAUAUGCAGGAACGUUUACAAGCCGUGUUCCACGAGGCGAUGCUAGUUGCUCCACGCGAACGCUACGCACAAGAAGGAGUCACUAUAGACGACGGGAACGAUGAAGAUUGGCUAUCAGAGUCUGUUAACCCAGGGCCGAUGGUGGAUUUAUUGGACAAGUCACCACAGAACACAAUAGUUAGAAGUUCACAGGCUGAUCUGAGAGAUUGUGACCGGCGGGGACUUUUGUGGUUAUUGGACGAGGAAUCUAUGUACCCGGGUUCUUCAGACGACACUUUCUUAGAGCGCGUCAUGUCUCAAUACGGCGCCCCCCAUCAUACACACUACCUGAUAAAGAAGGCUCCUCAUAAUAGACAAUUUAUACUGCAACAUUUACAGGGCACCAAUCCUGUUUUAUAUGAUGUCUCCGGUUGGGUGAAGGCAAGCCGCGAGAAUCCAGCUAUGAAGAGAGCUCAUACAUUACUUAAGGAGAGCCAAAAUCCAUUGUUAUCGUCGUGUGAACGUACCACUGACGCUGGCACGCUACGAAGAGCUGCAUCGGUACGACGAUCGCUGGCUUCUGGCGAUGUUGCCACCUUCUCCCGGACCUCAAUCAUACGUCGUUCCCUCAAUUCUGGUACGGCUGGUAUGAAGCGUCGUUCAACGGCUCUCCAAGCCAAGUUUAUAGCUGACGGGGUCGUAGAUACUUUACGCCGCUGCGGAUCAGGCGGGAUUCAGUUUGUAUGCUGUCUCCUAACAAACCAACCUAACGAGACCCCCGACGAUGUAAACGUACCGCUAUUAAGAUCCCAGUUCCGCGGCUUCCAAUUACUAGACGCGGCUAGAUUGUAUAAACAAGGAUUCCCUGAACAUAUGCCAUUAUCGGAAUUCGCUAGGAGAUAUCGACUAUUGGCGACGUCGGAGAAGGAGGAAUCUGAAACUUCCCAGCAGUCAACGACUUUAUCUGAUAGACAGAUAGUUGACGAGAUGCUGUUAGUGUUGGACUUAGAUGUGACUAGCUACAGACUAGGACCCACUCAGGCCGUGGUGCAGAGCUCGCCCGGCGCUCGCGCCAGUCUCUCACCGUAUCUCGACUAA